AUGAUUUCCUUUUUACUUCUCAUCUUCCUCAUACAGCUGGCCAUAUAUAUCGUCAAUACGAUCGGCGCAAGUACAAUCGAUGAUCUGCUAUGGAUCCUCUACCUACGACUUCCCGUCCCCAUCUCCAAAGAUGCCCGUAAAAACGCCGAGCUCAAGCGCGAUGUCGUCCAACUCAAACGGGAAAUGAACGCGACCAGCUCGCAGGACGAGUUUGCCAAAUGGGCGAAGCUACGAAGGAAGCAUGACAAGGCCAUGGAGGAAUACGAGGCGAUGACCCGAUGGCUAACCCUCAACGGACCUCGCCUGUUCAUCCAAUUCUACUACACCAAAACCCCUGUCUUUGAUCUUCCGGCUGGGUGGUUCCCGUAUCCCGUCGAAUGGAUUUUGUCGUUUCCGCGAGCGCCGCUGGGAUCGGUUAGUAUCCAGGUAUGGAGCAGUGCUUGUGCGACUGUUAUUUCGCUGGCGGGCGAUGUGGUGAUAUCGAUUUUACAGAGGGGACAGGCGAGCAGCAGACAGGCUCAGGCUGUUCCGGCUGAAAAGACCAAAUAG